CGCAGGACUUUUUCUUCCAGUGUGAGGGAAUUCGCUUUUGGAAAACCAUGGAUUCUGACUCCAGCAGUGAAGAUGAAGACACGAACAUCUACUUGAUGCACAAUGCGGCAGAGGCUGGAAAUCUGGAGGCAAUCAGAACCCUUUUGGCGUCGGAUACUGAGCAGCCAAAAUUGCGUGUCAGGGAUCUGGACCAAUGCACCCCUUUGCAGCUCAGUCUCUUGCAUGGGCACCUUGCUGUUGCCGCAGCACUGCUAGAGAAAAGCCCGACACAGGUCAACAGCCGGUGCGAGGGGGCGCUGCCGCUGCACAUGGUAGCAUGCUUGUCGGCCUUGCCUGCCAGACGGCAGUUCAGCGCCGAGGCAGCAAGGCUGCUCCUACAGCAUGAUGCAUCAGUCUUUGACAGAGAUGACCAUGGGAGGCUCCCACUGCAUUGGGCAGCUGCCAGUGGCUGUGCAGAGGUGGCCCAGGCCCUCUUAGAUGGCGCUCAGGCCGCCAGGACAACAGAUCCCGCACCCACAAUCGAGAGUGGCGAGCCGGCAGAUGCCCUCGAUGACACACCUUCGACAGAGGUCAAGGACAAGCAGGGAAACACCCCGUUGCAUCUGGGUGCUCGGGCUCGCUGCCCUGAGCUGCUGUCAGUCCUCCUGCAAGGCCACGGGACUGCUGCAGCACAUCUAAAGAACCAUGAUGGCCAGGUUCCGCUGCACCUGGCAGCCAAGUCGGGCAAUGUGGACGCUGUGAGGGCCUUGUUGCAGGCGAAUCCCAGCACUGCCGCCAACAGGGACGUGAGGGGCUUCACCGCCCUGGAAUGGGCCGCCAAGCGCGGUCAUCAGGAUGUUGUUGCGGUGUUCAGCAAUGCGGAGUGCAAUGGACACAGGGGUGGUCAGCUUCAGACACUGCUAGUGGCCCCUGACGAGUGCCACCUGCACAACACGUGCCCCUUCCCCAUACUGCGCGGCAGCCGCCCUCCUCCCCCAGAGAAUAUUAAACGCCUGCACGUCCUCACAGACUCAGAGCUGGGCAUCCUGCGGAGCGCGGAGUUUGCGGAUCUGGAGUGGGAGACGUGGCCGCCGCACGCGCGCAUCACGGACAUCCUGCGCGUGCAUGAGUGGUCGUACGUGCGCACCCUGCAGAACACCUGCGGCGCGCUGGAGGGCCAAGAGCUGGGCCACCUGGACGGCGACACCGCCCUCUCCGCCGGCAGCUUCACGGCCGCCUUGGCCGCCGCCGGCGCAGUCAUCGCCGCUGUUGACCGCGUCGUGAAACAGCAGGUUCGGAGCGCGUUCUGUGCGGUGCGGCCGCCGGGGCACCAUGCAGGCCCCACUGGGGUGGUGCCAUGCGCGAACGAACCCACCGGCAGCCACGGCUUCUGCCUGUUCAGCAACCUGGCCAUUGGCGCUGCAUACGCCAUGACCCACUACCAAGAUGCAGGCAUUCAGCGGGUGGCGCUGCUGGACUUUGACGUGCAUCACGGCAACGGCACUCAGGCAUGCAUCGGCAACACGGUACCAACCCUGGUCAACUACAACUUCCAAACGCCCCUCAGCCAGGGCUCCCAGACCUUCCCAAAGUACAAGCCCUGGCGCGACACUGACGACCCCGAUAAUAUCUUCUUCGCCAGCGUGCAAGGCUAUGGCCAGCCGGCCGCGGGGCACUGGUUCUACCCGGGCUCCGGAGCGACCUGCGACACUCGGCCGCCGCCGCCGAAGCAGCCGCAGCACGGCACGCCCGCGCCGGGCCGGGACUCCGAGGACGGCGCUGCAGCCGGUAGCCCCUUGGAGGAGGACAUUGAGGAGGACCCCGAUGGAGAGUUCUCCGCCUCCACGCAGCCAGGCGACAACCCCCUCCGCAUCAUCAACGUCGGCAUCCCUGGACCAGGUGGGCGUGUGCCGACGUGGCGGCGGGCGUGGCGCGACAAGAUUCUGCCGGCGCUGGUGCGCUUCCAGCCGGACCUCAUCUUCAUUUCCGCGGGCUUUGACGCGCACCGCAAGGACUCCAUCAACAACCGCUUCAUUGGCAUCCAGGAGAAGGACUAUGAGUGGCUCACCUCCCAGAUCGUGCAGGUGGCGAAUCGGUGCUGCGAGGGGCGAGUGGUGAGUGUGCUGGAGGGCGGCUACCGCACUCAGGGCCAGGUCGUGUCCGCCUUCUCGCGCUCCGUGGCCGCCCACGUGCGCGCCCUCGCAGAGCCCAACCACCAGAAAUGGGAUGCAGCGGACUGGCGGUGGGAGCGAGAGUACGAGCGGCAGCAGAAGCUCAAGGCAGAGGCGGCCAAGCAGGCCGCGGCGGAGGCCGAGAAGGCAAAGAUGCAGGAGCGCCUGGAAGCUCUUGCGGCGCAGACCGCGGCUGAGGAGGCCGCCGCCGACACCGCUGCCGCCGAGCCCAAUGGAGCUGCAGAGGAGGGGCAGCCGGACAGGAAGAGGCGGCGGCGAUCUGGCACAGUGGACUACAGGGCGCUGGAUGAACAGCUGCGUGCAGAGCGCGAGGCGCAGGAAGACACUAAACCCGCAGAUGCCAAAGCUGAGUGA